AUGGGGACGGCGCUUCUCCAGCGCGGGGGCUGCUUCCUGCUGUGCCUCUCGCUGCUGCUGCUGGGCUGCUGGGCGGAGCUGGGCAGCGGCCUGGAGUUCCCGGGCGCCGAGGGCCAGUGGACGCGCUUCCCCAAGUGGAACGCCUGCUGCGAGAGCGAGAUGAGCUUCCAGCUGAAGACGCGCAGCGCGCGCGGCCUCGUGCUCUACUUCGACGACGAGGGCUUCUGCGACUUCCUGGAGCUCAUCCUGACGCGCGGCGGCCGCCUGCAGCUCAGCUUCUCCAUCUUCUGCGCCGAGCCCGCCACGCUGCUGGCCGACACGCCCGUCAACGACGGCGCCUGGCACAGCGUGCUCCUCCGCCGCCAGUUCCGCAACACCACGCUCUUCAUCGACCAGGCCGAGGCCAAGUGGGUGGAGGUCAAGUCCAAGCGGAGGGACAUGACGGUGUUCAGCGGCCUGUUCGUGGGCGGGCUGCCGCCGGAACUGCGCGCCGCGGCGCUCAAGCUCACGCUGGCGUCGGUGCGCGAGCGCGAGCCCUUCAAGGGCUGGAUCCGCGACGUGAGGGUCAACUCCACGCAGGCGCUGCCCGUGGACAGCGGCGAGGUGCGGCUGGACGACGAGCCGCCCAGCAGCGGCGGCGGCGGGAGCCCGUGCGAGGCGGGCGACGAGGGCGAGGGCGGGGUGUGCCUCAACGGGGGCGUGUGCUCCGUGGUGGACGACCAGGCCGUGUGCGACUGCUCGCGGACCGGCUUCCACGGCAAGGACUGCAGCCAAGAAGACAACAAUGUGGAAGGUCUGGCGCACCUGAUGAUGGGCGACCAAGGUAAAAGUAAAGGAAAAGAAGAAUAUAUUGCUACUUUCAAGGGAUCUGAAUACUUCUGCUACGACUUGUCUCAAAACCCCAUUCAAAGCAGCAGCGAUGAAAUAACUCUGUCCUUUAAAACCCUUCAAAGGAAUGGACUGAUGCUUCACACUGGGAAAUCCGCUGAUUAUGUCAAUCUUGCCCUGAAAAAUGGAGCUGUCUCUCUGGUCAUUAAUUUGGGAUCAGGGGCCUUUGAAGCGCUAGUGGAGCCCGUGAACGGAAAGUUUAAUGAUAAUGCCUGGCAUGAUGUGAAAGUCACCAGGAAUCUGCGUCAGCACUCAGGCAUUGGACACGCUAUGGUAAACAAACUACAUUGUUCGGUGACAAUCUCAGUGGAUGGGAUUCUUACCACAACGGGCUACACGCAAGAAGAUUACACCAUGCUGGGUUCUGAUGACUUUUUCUAUGUCGGAGGCAGUCCCAGCACCGCAGACCUCCCGGGGUCACCAGUCAGUAACAACUUUAUGGGCUGUCUUAAAGAGGUUGUAUAUAAAAAUAAUGAUGUAAGGCUGGAAUUAUCUCGACUUGCCAAGCAAGGAGACCCUAAGAUGAAGAUCCAUGGAGUAGUGGCAUUUAAAUGUGAGAAUGUUGCAACUUUGGACCCAAUCACCUUUGAAACCCCAGAGUCUUUCAUCUCUUUGCCUAAAUGGAAUGCAAAGAAAACAGGCUCCAUAUCAUUUGAUUUCCGCACAACAGAGCCAAAUGGCCUCAUCUUAUUUAGCCAUGGCAAGCCAAGACACCAAAAAGAUGCCAAGCACCCACAGAUGAUCAAGGUUGACUUCUUUGCUAUUGAGAUGCUGGAUGGCCACCUCUACCUCCUCCUAGACAUGGGGUCAGGUACAAUAAAAAUCAAAGCCCUGCAGAAGAAGGUGAAUGAUGGAGAAUGGUAUCAUGUGGACUUCCAGAGAGACGGACGGUCAGGUACCAUUUCCGUCAACACCCUGCGCACCCCCUACACUGCUCCCGGGGAGAGUGAGAUUCUGGACCUGGAUGACGAGUUGUACCUGGGGGGCCUCCCAGAAAAUAAAGCCGGCCUCGUCUUCCCCACUGAGGUGUGGACUGCUCUGCUCAACUAUGGCUACGUGGGCUGCAUCAGGGACCUGUUCAUCGACGGCCAGAGCAAGGACAUCCGGCAGAUGGCCGAAGUGCAGAGCACCGCGGGAGUGAAGCCCUCCUGCUCCAGGGAAACAGCAAAACCGUGCCUUAGCAACCCUUGCAAAAACAACGGCAUGUGCAGGGAUGGGUGGAACCGAUACGUCUGUGAUUGUUCCGGAACAGGCUACCUGGGCAGGUCCUGCGAGAGAGAGGCAACGGUUCUGAGCUACGAUGGGAGUAUGUUUAUGAAGAUCCAGCUGCCCGUGGUCAUGCACACAGAGGCUGAGGAUGUGUCCUUACGGUUUCGAUCCCAGCGUGCAUAUGGCAUUCUCAUGGCAACCACCUCCAGGGACUCGGCAGACACCCUCCGCCUGGAGCUGGACGCAGGGCGUGUGAAACUGACGGUCAACCUAGAUUGUAUCAGGAUUAACUGUAAUUCCAGCAAAGGUCCCGAGACCCUUUUUGCCGGCUAUAACCUCAAUGAUAACGAAUGGCACACAGUGCGUGUGGUUCGUCGAGGAAAAAGUUUAAAGUUAACGGUGGAUGACCAACAGGCCAUGACAGGUCAAAUGGCAGGCGAUCAUACCAGACUAGAGUUUCAUAACAUAGAGACUGGCAUCAUCACCGAACGGCGGUAUCUGUCUUCUGUCCCCUCCAACUUCAUUGGACACCUUCAGAGCCUGACAUUUAAUGGAAUGGCAUACAUUGACUUGUGUAAAAAUGGUGACAUAGAUUACUGUGAGCUCAAUGCCAGGUUUGGCUUCCGGAACAUCAUAGCAGACCCUGUUACCUUCAAGACCAAAUCGAGCUAUGUUGCCUUAGCUACAUUGCAAGCCUACACUUCUAUGCAUCUUUUUUUCCAGUUCAAGACAACAUCCCUAGAUGGACUAAUUCUAUAUAACAGUGGGGAUGGAAAUGACUUUAUUGUGGUUGAAUUAGUUAAAGGGUACUUACAUUAUGUGUUUGACUUGGGAAAUGGUGCUAACCUCAUCAAAGGGAGUUCAAAUAAACCUCUCAAUGACAAUCAGUGGCACAACGUGAUGAUAUCAAGGGACACCAGCAAUCUCCACACUGUAAAGAUUGACACGAAAAUCACAACACAAAUCACCGCCGGAGCCAGGAACUUGGACCUCAAGAGUGACUUGUACGUAGGAGGAGUGGCGAGAGAAACAUACAAAUCCUUGCCGAAGCUCGUCCAUGCCAAGGAGGGCUUUCAGGGCUGCCUGGCUUCGGUUGAUCUGAAUGGACGGCUCCCCGACCUCAUCUCAGACGCCCUUUUCUGCCACGGACAAAUCGAGAGAGGAUGCGAAGUUGCAUUGAUGAAAGCUGACUUGCAAGGGCCCAGCACAACCUGCCAAGAGGACUCGUGUUCCAAUCAAGGCGUGUGCCUGCAGCAGUGGGAUGGCUUCAGCUGUGACUGCAGCAUGACUUCCUUCAGUGGCCCGCUCUGCAAUGACCCUGGGACAACGUAUAUCUUUAGCAAAGGUGGUGGACAAAUCACAUAUAAGUGGCCUCCUAAUGACCGGCCAAGUACACGAGCAGACAGACUGGCCAUAGGGUUUAGCACUGUUCAGAAAGAAGCUGUAUUGGUGCGUGUGGACAGUUCUUCUGGCCUGGGGGACUACCUAGAGCUGCAUAUACACCAAGGGAAAAUUGGAGUUAAAUUUAAUGUUGGGACAGAUGACAUCGCCAUCGAAGAGUCCAAUGCAAUCAUUAACGAUGGGAAAUACCAUGUAGUGCGUUUCACGCGGAGUGGUGGCAAUGCCACGUUACAGGUGGACAGCUGGCCAGUGAUCGAGCGCUACCCUGCAGGAAACAAUGAUAACGAGCGCCUGGCGAUUGCUAGACAGCGAAUUCCAUAUCGACUUGGUCGAGUAGUUGAUGAAUGGCUACUCGACAAAGGGCGUCAGCUCACAAUCUUCAAUAGCCAAGCAACCAUAAUAAUUGGCGGGAAAGAGCAGGGCCAGCCCUUCCAGGGCCAGCUCUCUGGGCUUUACUACAAUGGCUUGAAAGUUCUGAAUAUGGCAGCUGAAAAUGAUGCCAACAUCGCCAUAGUGGGAAAUGUGAGACUGGUUGGUGAAGUGCCUUCCUCUAUGACAACUGAGUCGACAGCCACUGCCAUGCAGUCAGAGAUGUCCACGUCCAUUAUGGAGACCACCACAACCCUGGCCACUAGCACAGCCAGAAGAGGAAAGCCCCCUACGAAAGAGCCCAUUAGCCAGACCACAGAUGACAUCCUUGUGGCCUCAGCAGAGUGUCCCAGCGAUGACGAGGACAUUGACCCCUGUGAGCCGAGCUCAGGUGGGUUAGCCAACCCAACCCGGGCAGGCGGCAGAGAGCCAUACCCAGGCUCCGCAGAAGUGAUCCGGGAGUCCAGCAGCACCACGGGCAUGGUGGUAGGCAUAGUGGCCGCCGCCGCCCUGUGCAUCCUCAUCCUCCUCUAUGCCAUGUACAAGUACAGGAACCGGGAUGAAGGCUCAUACCACGUGGACGAGAGUCGAAACUACAUUAGUAACUCAGCGCAGUCCAAUGGGGCUGUUGUAAAGGAGAAACAACCCAGCAGUGCGAAAAGCGCCAACAAAAAUAAGAAGAACAAGGAUAAAGAGUAUUACGUCUGAUUCCAAGAUCUUAAAAGGACCCUUGUAUAGAAAUAGUCUUCAUUUUAUCUGAGACAUAAUAUAAACUUAUUUACUUUCCUUUUUAUGAAGCACAUA